GCCAGCGUGGUCGCGUUAACACCGUCUGAAAUUAUUUUGCUCAUAAAUCUUCUUGAAUCUCCUUAUCCGGUUUCAUUUGAUAGUUGUUACUGCCACAAUCCAUUUCUCACAUUAAAUUGCUAAGAGUCUAUAUUGUACAUCAGACGGUUUACCAUGGCCCGGAUCCUGGUUCUCCUUGCACUCAUCGUACCGAUCUUCUCGGCUCCAACGCAGAAUACUCAAGGGGGCAAUAAUCUCAGUGGUCAGGAUUCUGGACCACCGAAGGAAUGCGAGAAACCGUUCGGGGAUGGCGAACUGGCCAAGGGAGCCAAUCCGUAUAACUUCACCGUGUUGGCCAAACAAAGGUCAGAUGCCGUUGACUACAAAACGACCUUCAAGGGGGCUCCUGUCGACAUGAUUAUCUCAUUCAAUACUCCUCAGGACGUCGGCCAAGUGCAGGCCUUCGCUCUCCGUGCCGGCCUUCCUUUCCCCGUAGUGCAGUGGCAGACCACGGGUAAUUUGAAAGUGGUCAGUUGCAUUGCUCCGCAGUCGCUGGAUACCAUCAUCGCCCAAGGCGGCGUGGGACAGCAUGUGGCGUUGACCGCCGUUCCCCUCUUAGCCGCCUGGGGCAAUCAGGAAUCCAUCCCGGUGAUCUUUGAGAUGGCCAUUCAGGGUGGUGAUGGACAGAUCUACGUAGCGGCAUAUAAUGGUACCAUCAAGGUUAAGGAAACCGAUUACAAAUUGCCCGAACGUUUCUUCAAGCCCCCUCCGGAGCUCCUGCAGCAAAUGCAACAGAUGCAGCAGCAGCAAGGGCAAGGUGGAAGACGCGGUCACGGACAGGGAAUGGGAAUGCAGGGUAAUUUCCAACAGCAAAACCCCAACUUCCAGCAGUUCCGGCAGCGUCGGGAAACUUCUGAAAUGGCUGACCAGGAAGAGGCGGAGUUUGAUGGUUAUGAAUCUCAUCUUCGCGUGAGACGAGCGGUGAACGAAGAAGAAGGGGAAGGAGCCGGAGGAAGAAGAAGAACCGGUUGUCGAAAAGAAACCAGCUAAAAAAUCGCGUCACAGUCCAAGAAAAGUUCCAAGGCAUCGAAGAAAGCCGAACCCGUGGAAGAAGAGGAACCGGCAGCGGAAGAAGAGGAAGAACCCGUCGUGGUUAAACCAAAGAAAAAGACUGCCGCCGCGGCUAAAAAAUCAUCCACUGGAAAAUCCAGUGCAAGUUCCAAAAAAGCGAAAUCAGAGCCAGUGGUCGAAGACGAAGCGGCAGCGGAAGAGGAGGAAGCACCCGCUAAACCGGCUAAAAAGUCUGCCAAAAAGUCCGGCUCAAAAGCACCCGCCGCCGCCGCCGCGGAAGAAGAGGAAGAAGCUCCUGCGCAAUCGAAAAAGACGUCAAAAGGAAAACAAGCAGCUGAUGCAGAUCAGGAAGACCAGACAGGAGGUAAAAACUCCGGUGCGAAAAAGAGUAAAAAAGCGGCUGAACCGGCUGCAGAGGAAGAGGAAGAACACGGUAGUAAACCAGCCAAGGCUAAAUCGAGCAAGCGCACUUCGGAGCCUGAUAUGGAGGAAGAAGACGAAAAUACCGCAGCUGAAGAGGAACCAGCGAAACCAAAAAAAUCAGCUCAGCGUAAAGCGAAAUCCGAGCCUGCUGUUCACAAAGAAGAAGAGGAGGAGGAGCCGGAAGAACCAGCGUCGAAAUCCGCUCGAAAAGCGCCGGUCAAGCAUAAAAAGUCUGAUAAAAAAGGAAAAAGCCACGGCCAUAAUCACGAUCACGAGGAGGAGGAGGAAGAAGGAAAUGAACACGAUCACGGCGAUGAAGCUGGCCAUGGGCACCGGCAUCACAAGCACCACUCGAACUCCUUGAAGAAAGCGCAAAAGGAUGACAUUGGCCACGCCCACGUCCACCAUCAUCAUCACCACGAACACCACAGCAAAUGUGGAUGCGGAGACAGCAGUAGCUCCAGCGAGGAAAGCAAAGACAAGAAAAAGGAUGGAAGUGAUGAAGAGGAUGGCGGUAAAAGGAAGGCCCAAGGUCACAAGAAAAAUGCUAAAAAGGAUGAUGGAUCCGACGAGGAAGAGGAAGAGCACGGUUCUCAUGAGCAUCAGUCGGCAGCGAAGAAAUCAAAGAAAUCCGCCAAAGGCUCGGAAGAGGAUGGUCAGCAUGGAAAGAAAACCAAAAAGCAGGUUGCUAAGUCGGAGCCCAAGAAAAAAGCUGGGAAGAAAGCGGCGAAAGGCAGUGAAGAGGAUGGAGCGGCUGGGCAUGAAGAUGGAGAUGCUGAGGCUGAACAUGAUCAUGACGAAGCGGGUGGGAAAGAGGAAGGCAGCGAAAAGGGCAAAGGAAAGGGCGAGGGACAUGGUAAAGGAAAGGGAAAGGAUGGAAAGGGAAAAGAUGGGAAAGGAGAAAAAGCUGGCGGUAAAAAGGGGGCGGCUGGAAAAGAAACUGGAAAAGGGAAAAAGGGCGCUGCAGGCGCUGGUGAGGAAAGCGCAGCGAAUGCGACGACAGGAGCUGUAAUAUUCGCUGGACUGGGCAACAGCUCGUCGACAUGGAAUUUGACGGGCCUUUCUUCUGGGAACACCAGCCAAGAUGCAAGCAACGCCACUCUUUCCGGUCUGCAAAUUAUGGGAGCGAUAUCAUUAGGCCUACCUCUUUUUGUCGGAUCCGUAUCGAAUGAUUCAAAUUCGUCAGCAAGCAACGCUGGCAGCGCAACGAACGGUUCGAUCAGUGUGACCUUUGACACUACCACGUCUGCCAGCACCGGCUUCACUGCCAGCAUCUCGUUCAUAAACGACACUACAACGGCUGGUUUAUCAUCCGGUGUAGCCGCGCGUCGCAAACGGGAAAAUGAUGACGAGGACGAUGUGGAAAACAGCCAAGAAGAAGAAGAUAAAGAAAAGAAAAAAGACAAAACAAAGAAAGAAGGGAAAAAGGGAAAGGGCAAAAAGAGCAAAUCAAAAUCCACUGAUGCCCCAGUUAUUCCCGUUCCUGCUCAGAUCGAAGUGAACAUACUCGUACUUCCUUCUGCGAAUCUUACCGCCGGAAACCAAACCGAAGCACAGACAACAGCCGCUACAACCGAGGCAACUACAUUGGCAAGUACAACCGUCUCGUCCACACCAGAAACCACAUCGAUUUCGCAAACAUCAGAAGCGUCCGCGUCGACGACCUCUACGGCAGCAGCGACCACACAAAGCGGGGUACUUGUGAUUGGAGUCCGUGAUGAACAGACUACCACCACUGCCGAACCGUUCACCAUAGCCGGCACAGUGUAAUGGCGCCAAGUCAAGAACCAAAAUUUUUUGCUCAUUUCAAAUGCAUUUUCGGAUCCGUUCAGUUUUAAUUUGUCUAGAUGUAACAAACUGCAUACUCGAAGAUCGUUAAGCAGUCGAGGUCUACGUUAAGUUUAGAAACUGUCUAAUUUUGUAGCAUACAUUAUAUAUUUGAUUUUCCUUUUGUGGGCGAUUUCUGACAGCAAACAUCAUAAUUAUCAUGUUGAGAAUAUAUUAGUAGGUAAAUCCGCUCAGAAAGCCUCAGCCAACCAACUAUUAAAAUACUCGUAAAA